AUGGAAAGUGCAAAGUACCCUGCGAAAGACUUUGAAGGAUUCGAUCCGGAGAGCGAUUGUGAGAGAUUACAUCGAGCUAUGGAUGGGCUAGGUACAGAUGAAGACACCUUGACCGGUAUCUUGUCUGCUCGUUCAAACUCUCAACGCCAAGUAUUACGUGAAACGUAUCUAAAAAUGUUCGCCAAAGAUUUAAUUGAACACCUGAGUUCAGAAACUUCUGGAAGCUUUCGUAAACUACUUUGCGGAUUGAUGAUAGAAUCAGCAUCUUAUGAUGCAAAAUUGUUACACGAUGCGAUGGAUGGACCUGGAACAGAUGAAUCUUUAUUAUUGGAAGUAUUAUGCACUCGAUCAAAUAGUGAAAUCCAAGCCUUAAAAAUCGCUUAUAAACAAGAAUACGGAGUUCAGCUAUCCGAUGCUAUCAUAGAAGAGACAUCUGGCCAUUUUAAGCAACUUUUACUGCUCUUAAUUAAGGCAACACGAGAUGAAACUGAUAAUGUCAGUAUAUCAAUGGCGAGAAGAGAUGCUGAUAGCUUAUAUAUCGCUGGUGAAUUAACUUGGGGUACUGACGAAUCGACAUUUACUGAAAUUAUUGGUACACGUAACUUUAGGCAAUUACGACUGAUAUUCGAUGAAUAUAUCAAAACUGCACAAAUGAAAAUUGAGAAAUCACUACAACGAGAAAUGUCAGGCGAUCUCUUACAGGGAUUGCUAACUCUUGUUCAAGUUGCUCGCGAUCGUGGCGAAUACUUCGCUGAAAAGAUCAAGGCUGCAACAGGCGUUUUAGCAAACAAUGACGAUGAAUUAAUAAGGAUUGCCGUAUCGCAAGCAGAGGUUGAUACCGGCAGGAUUGCUGCUGCUUUCGAAAGAAAAUUUGGAGUUACUUUAAUUAAUCAUCUAUCCAAGGCCCUAUCUGGAGAAUACAAAAAUUUAAUGUUGGCUGUACUUUCUGGUUCUUAA